UUUUAAUUACUUUAUAUUUAAAGGAAUAUCUUACUUUGGUGUUGUAGCUAAGAUGCGCUCCACGCUGCUGUCCAGCGGCCUCCAUGUCAAUGUGGCGGAGAUGAUGAAGAGGCACCUAGCCUCGGUCCAGGUGUCGGUCAGCGCCUGCCGCCUGCUGAGCCUCCUCUUUCAGGGCCGGACGGCCGGCCUGGACGAGCUCAACAUGGCCGUGGGUCAGAUCCUGAGUGUCAUGAAGUUCCACAACUUCCAGCCGGAGGUUCAGCUGGAGGCCCUGCGGGCCAGCAUGGUCUUCCUCUGUCCAGACCGGAGUUUACGAGAGCACGGCGCCUCGGUGGCAGACCCCGACAUGGUCGAUGUGUCCCUGAAGGUCCUAAAGAACCAGUGUGUGGUGGAGGGAGCGCAUGCAGUCUACCUGGAGGUUCUCAAUAGGUUCAUCAGGUGUCCGACCAUCCAGGUGUGCGGCUUUAAGGUGCUCUCCGCUCUGGCUGACUGCUCAGGUGCAGUGGACCUGCUCUGCCAACAAGGGGCCAUUGACACGGUGCUCCACACGCUGCAGAUGUUCCCGCAGGAUCGAGAAAUUCACUACUGGGGUCUGACCCUGCUCAGCUUCCUGGUGUCCAAGAAGAAGCUCUCCAGGAUGAUUGUCCCCGUCCUGGCCUCAGUCUUGGUGGCCUCACUGGGCCAGUACAAGGAGGAUUAUGACUUGCUGCUCAAG